AACAAUGCAAAGCAGUUGAGGACGGUUAGUCGACUUCUUUUCGCUGAACACACAAUUCAGUGAAAGUUGAUCAAUUUCCAAAAAAGGUAUAUAAAAAUGGACAUUAAGAUAGCAGUCUUAGCGGUGUUUAUAUCUGUGAUCUAUGUUGCUAAUGCAAAACCAAUGGAAGAAUUCGUUAACAAAGUCUUGAGAAGCAACCCUCUGCCUUGUUCUAGGUCAUGCUGUAGGAAGUGCUGCACGAACGUUUGUAAAAGGGGAUGCAUAUUUUCCUGCUGCGCCUCCCGUCUUCCUCCUCCGUAUCCUCCGCCACCUCCGCCGCCUCCCCCGUUUCCGGCUCCCACACCACAGUUAAUCCCAGGACCUCCCGGUUUUGAUGGUAUAUGUGGAUUGCCAGGGCCAAAUGGACCCAAAGGAUGUCCCGGAUGUGUAGGACCUCCUGGACCACCCGGACCCCCAGGGCCCCCUGGACGUAUGUUGUUGCUUCUGAUGCUGUUCGUUGUUAUUGUUGUUAUUGUUGUUGUUGUUGUCGCAUGGGAUGAAAAUGUUCCUGGUGAUGCAAAGCUGCUGACAGAAGCGGCAGGAAUCUUCUGUUUGAGGAAAAUGUACAGGCCCCCAAAUGAUCCCCAAAUUGUGCCGAAAAUGAUCCCAGGACCGAAAAUGGUUCCACUCAAAAAAAUCAGGGCGCCAGAAAGCAUCAUGGAUUGUCGUUUAGCUCUGUUAUUCACGUUAGGCCUUGCCUACACCGCCUCAGCUUUGCACACAAAGCGUUCUGCCUUCCCCUGUGGAGCGAGCUGCACUCCAGCUUGCGCCCCAACAUGUACAGCAUCCUGCUGUGGCAGUCCUCCCCCAGCCGGACCAAAUCCACCCAUUCCGCAAGUCGCAGACCAAAUGAAGCCUGCUCCGCCUCCGAUUUAUGGAAUUGCUGGACAUCCCGGAUCACAGGGACCGCCAGGAGUGGCGGGAGGUCAAGGGCCUCCAGGGGCCGCCGGAGCCCCAGGACCACCAGGCCCCCCCGGACCACCCGGACCGCCUGCACCUCCUGGUCCCCCAAGCCCGUGCUGUGCCGUGGUGCCACCUCCAGGAAAUUUUGGUAGAUAUACUAAAAGAGUCAACAUGGAUAUCCGCUUUCUAUUGUUGUUUACACUUGGAUUGAUUUGUUCUGCUGGUGCAUUUAACACCAAGCGACAAUAUGUUUCAUAUGCCGGACCUGAGGGUAACGCCGGACCGCAGGGGCCCCCCGGAAAUAUAGGACAAAGGGGACCGGCUGGCGAUCCCGGACCACCAGGACCUCCCGGAGCCCCCGGAGCCCCUGGUAUGCCCGCCCCACCAGGUCCUCCAAAUGGCUGUUGCCCAGUUUACCAAAAAAAGAAAUGAAUUAAGAAUCGUAAUUUGCAAUUUAUUGCAAAAUUCUCCACUGUUAUUUAUUUUGCUAUAAUUUCAUAGUGGAAUUUUGAUGUAAAAUGAUACAAUGAUCAACGAACUUUUUAAGUUCGGAAGAAAUAAAAAAGAGAAUAACGUUUCAAUAAAACUGAUAGUGUCUUUUAUUUUGAC